CCCCAUCCUGUGUAAUCUACGGCUAUCGCGAGACCGACCCAACCAUCACAUCAUUUCACACCCGUCGCUACGCUGGCAAGAAGUACACCUCUGCGGGUUUUAUAUAGUGUGCGGCGUUUUCUGAUAAUUUUCUCACCGACACGGCUGCUGUUCAUCGAUGUUAUAUCUUUAGAAGAUCUGCUAGAAGAAAAUUCUUCAGGAACGUUAGGUAUCCAGCUCAUUUGGCUUCUUUAGCUAGUUGGCUAGCUAGCUUGCUGCGCUAGCUCGCUGGCAGCGGCUGCCUUCUUUGGCUACAAUUCAUUGCAUUCAGUCAUCUGUGCAUUUAGUCGAAUAUUUCGUUUUUUAAAUUCGUUUUCAAAUGUACGUUCUCGUCAAAUAAGGCAUGCACAGAUGCUCUUUUAUACACAAAAUUAUAUAGCUCCACUUGUACUCGUUGUAUAUUGGAUGCUUGCCAAGGUAUUGUUUUGACUAACCAAAGAUACUGAUACUGGAAGUGUGUCUUCCCAUGUGUGGACUUGUAUUGAACCUGGCAGGUACUUUUAAUUUACUUAAAGCAGCGACCAGCCGACCGCAUAGUUGCGAAAUGGUCAUAUAAAAGCCUAGAAUGACAGUAUCAUAGGUUAAUUCAUAGGUCCAGUUAAGUGGUCAGUUGUACUUAGCUAUUUAUUUACACCUUGGUGAGCGGUGACAGCCACAACAAAGUUAUAGUCGGCCGUAUUCAGAGCGAUGGAGACAGUGAGGAAUACGUUCCACGCUCAGCUAGCCACCGUCAUGGACUCACUCCUGGCGGCGGCGGUGUGUGAGAUCGCCAAGAUAUUCGAGAGCAGCCUGUGUGAGCAGCAGGCAGAGCUGACGCAGAGAGGAGAGGAGAUCUCGGCGCUAAGAGGCAGGCUGGAACGGGCAGAGAGGAAACUGAGGAAGGGAGGAGAUGGAGGGGAUGUGGGGACUGGACCAGGACCAGGCAGGAGAGAGGGAGGAGGAGAUAACAGUCCCAGACACCGGGCUGAUCCAGGAGCUGCAGGGAGCUCGGGAAAGGAUGCCUUCAGCGAGACAGAUCCUCACCAUCAGGAGGUCAGUGAGAGCCCUUUCAGGGUUAAGGAGGAGACAGAGCAGGGAAGAGCCACAUUCAAACAGGAGUUUAAGGAAUCAGGCCCUAGCCCAAAUGCUGAUGAAGUCCAUACCUCAGAGGGGAGCCAGAGGCUGGGAGACCCCCUGGCUGACACAAGAGGCACCAAGCCAGUGUUAUCUCAUUGGGAGGAGGCCUCCAGAGAUGACCCCAGGCCCAGACCCCUCCAGGACCAGGGCACCUCAGCCCGGUCGGACCCCAGCUCUGCCCCGCAGAGGGACUGGCUGCCUGGGCUGGACGCCGGGCGCAGUGGGGAGGCUGGACUGGAGCUGCUGGCAGAGGGGGGAGGCUAUCCUCCAUCUGGGGGUACCACAGGAGGAGACGGCGAGGCUAACUUCUACAGGCCUGCGCUCGGGCACGAGGAGGAGGGAGAAGAGGAGGAGGAGGAGGAGGAGGAAGACGACCCAGCCCUCCUCUUCCUCGACCAGAACCCCGACCAGGACCUGGCCCCGGAGGCCGGCAGGGACACGCGACAGGACCACAACCAGAGGGGCGCCUCGUCGUCGUGGCGACCGCGGGAUCGACCCAGGCGGGCCAACGCCGCGAGGGACCCGCUCCGACCCCACACCCCCAACGCCCUCCCGAACACGCACAAACACCCCCACCCCCUGGGGCACGUCGGGGGCGGGGCGCGGCCGUACACCUGCCCCUACUGCGGCAAGGCCUUCACCUACCCCUCCCACCAGCGGCGCCACCUGCUGCGCCACACGGGCGUGAGGCUGCACCCCUGCUCCGUGUGUGACAAGAGCUUCCUCACGCCGUCGGAGCUGACGGUGCACACGCGCGUGCACACGGGCGAGCGGCCGUUCGGCUGCAGCCAGUGCGGCAAGCGCUUCGCCCGCAGCGGCAACCUGCGAGCCCACCAGAGGGACGUCCACAUGGGCAAGAGGCCCUUCGGCUGCGACGAGUGCGGCAAGAGGUUCGCUCACCGCGGCAACCUGAGGGUGCAUCACCACCGCGUGCACCAGGGAGCGCCCUACUUCCUAGACCCCCUGCAGGACGGCAGCCCGUUGCCCUCAAAUGGGUAGCGUCUCCCCCCCCCCCGCCGCCCCCGCCGCCGCCCCAGGGGAAUGAGCUUGGCUCUGUUUGAAAAGCCCCAGAAUACAACCUUCCUUCCUUCACUCCGGACUAUCUGAUUCAACAUGUGAGGGAUAGGUGAAAGCAUGCGUUUGGUCUAGGCAGCUGGCCUAUCCCGUCUUAUGAGAUCCACUUGAAGGAAGGAAGGAAGGACCGGGCCGUCACGUUCAAGACUGUCCAGCAGGCGACGGAACCCCCAGUGAAGCCCCGCCCCCAAGCUCAUCCCAGAUACUGUAGAGAUCAACUUUGGACUUGAAAUGAUGAAUAUGGUAAUAGUUUGUUAUUGUCGUAUUGUUUGUAUUACAUAGGACCACUCCUAAACUGUAGUCAUGCGAGUGAGAGGACACUGACCUGAGAACAGUGAACAUUUCAUUGAACUUGUGAUUGGAGCAAAACUACGUAGACUAGAUGAGUCUAGACCGGGGGUCCGCAACCCUUUUGAUGUCAAGUUUGUCCUUUUUCGACUAAAAUAAGGGGCAUUAGUAGCCACAGUGGAUGAACAGCUUGAUUUUCGAGAUCAAAGGCAGCUCAGAUGUAGCCUUUUAACGUGGUUUUUAUUGUCAACUUUCAAUGCAAAAGAAUCACAAGGAAAACAGAUCUUCUGGUUGACUGGAUUCAAGCCCUUCCCCCCCCCCAAUUCAUAUAGGUCUGUAAAAGGACAGAAAGCAGUCCUGUGGCCACCGCCUCUGUCCUGCCAUCUCCAGGCAGGUUGUUUGCACUGAAAGAGGAGUGGUGUCUAUCAAAGUGUCUCUUCAUUUGAGACGUUUCGUUCUGGGAGAUCCUCUCACUGCAGAGCAAACACACUGGCAGCCCAGUCACGUCAGCUACGGCUGAAUAAGAGUCCGUCUCUUCUUCAUUGACACGUCUGCAUUCCGUCUUCCCUUUUUCCUCUCGUUUUUUGGCUAUUUAAACGUUUAAUGGGACCGCCUGACUCACUCGACUGUCUUCCUGAUCGUCCGGGCUCCACUGCUGGAGUUGAAUGGCACUGCCAAAACGAACGGUUGGUUUUUAAACGCUAUGUGCCGUACAACGUAUUUCCCCCCCGUUUAACGAAAUCCGCACGUUCAUAAAAGGUCCGCGACGCUCGUCGGGACCUUUCCAAAACCCGUGUGUGACCUAUGACGUUUUUAGGCGGCCGACUCUAAAUCGUACAACUGGCCCUUAAAUUGUGUGGGAGCCACACAAUUUAGCCCUGGGGCUGCCGAGCCCUGGUCUGGAACACUGCUCUUGAGGGGGGAGGGGUGGGGGGGGGAGGAGAAUGGAAGAUGAAGGUAUUAUAGCUACUUAGUAUUGAGUUGCAUGCAGAGAUGUGUGUGUGUAGAGUAACUCCCCUGUGUUCAUAUACUCAUACUCGGUUUCCUUUGACGUUGAAGACAUUCCUCGUGUUGACAAAUGUUCAAAACUGUUAAUCAAUGAAAACUGUAACCAUUGCCUACUCUCUCCAAUAAUGUCCAUCUUCCAUCUUUGCUAUUCAUAUUGACAUGAAUAAAUAGUGCAUUCAUGGUUCAAGCAACGUGAUGGCUAUGUCCUACUUUUAUAUAGAAGGCUGUGUGUGGAGAAAUUAGCAUUUCAUUCUUGGCAGAAGAAUCUGGAUUGCAGAUUCGGUACCCUGCCCAGGGAAUGCAGUUUCCUUUGUCGCCACCAGAGGGCAGGAGAGUUUGUCCAUGAUAUAAAAAAGCCAGGGGG